UCGCCGGCCCGGCCCCGCACGGCCCCGCACGGCACGGGGGGUUGCCAUGACAAGCAUUUUCUCCCGUUAGCUCCGGGACCGCUCCCCUCCAGCCCAUGGCCAGUCGCGGGGGCUCCGCCGCCAGCCGGGCGCCGUGGGACCGGAGCCGCUCCAGUUGCUGUGGUAUCCAGGGAGCCCUCCUCCUCCUCCUCCUCCUCCUCCUCCUCCCGCUGCAGGAGCUGCACGCCGGGCGUUGCUAAGGUCGCCUCCGCGGUAACAUGCACAUCCUGUUUACACCUUCAUCCCGACAACUUGGGCUCGGAUAGAGCCGCCCGUUCCCCCCGGGAAGCCCCCAGGGAAGGAGCCACACGGAGCAUCCCCCACCGGAGCCGCCGGAGCCGCGAGCGAGGCCGCCCCAGGAGCGCCGCGCCGGUGGCACCGUCGCCGCGACAAGAUGACGAACAACGUGGCCGACCACCACCCCGGGAACUCGGUGGCCGAGGGCAGCCAUGAGGGGGACUUUGGGUGCUCCUUGGUGGAGCUCAGGAACCUCAUGGAGCUGAGGAGCGCCGAGGCCGUGGCCCGGCUCAAUGACUCCUAUGGCGGCGUCCAGAACGUCUGCAAGAGGUUGAAGACGUCGCCGGUCGAAGGCCUGUCCGGGAACCCCACGGACCUGGAGAAGCGGCGCCAGGUCUUCGGCCAGAACUUCAUCCCCCCGAAGAAGGCCAAGACGUUCCUGCAGCUGGUGUGGGAGGCGCUGCAGGACGUGACGCUGAUCAUCCUGGAGAUCGCCGCCAUCAUCUCCCUGGGGCUCUCCUUCUACCACCCCCCCGGCGGGGACAACGAGCUGUGCGGGCAGUCCACGGGCGGCGUGGAGGACGAGGGCGAGUCGCAGGCGGGCUGGAUCGAGGGCGCUGCCAUCCUGUUCUCCGUCAUCAUCGUGGUGCUGGUGACGGCCUUCAACGACUGGAGCAAGGAGAAGCAGUUCCGGGGCCUCCAGAGCCGCAUCGAGCAGGAGCAGAAGUUCACGGUGAUCCGCAAGGGCCAGGUGAUCCAGAUCCCCGUGGCCGAGAUCGUGGUGGGGGACAUCGCCCAGAUCAAGUACGGUGAUCUCCUGCCAGCGGACGGGAUCCUGAUCCAGGGCAAUGACCUGAAGAUAGAUGAGAGCUCGCUGACAGGGGAGUCAGACCAGGUGAAGAAAUCCAUGGAUAAAGACCCCAUGCUGCUGUCAGGUACCCACGUGAUGGAGGGCUCGGGCAGGAUGGUGGUGACUGCCGUGGGCAUCAACUCCCAGACAGGGAUCAUCUUCACCCUCUUGGGAGCAGGAGAAGGGGACGAGGAGAAGAAAGUGAAGAAAGGUAAAAAAAGCGGAGCCCCCGAAAACCGCAACAAAGCUAAAACUCAGGAUGGUGUGGCCUUAGAGAUCCAGCCCCUGAAGAGCCAGGAGGGGGUGGAGAACGAGGAGAAGGAGAAGAAGAAGGUGAAGGUGCCCAAGAAGGAGAAGUCGGUGCUGCAGGGGAAGCUCACGCGCCUGGCGGUGCAGAUCGGGAAGGCAGGGCUGAUCAUGUCGGCCAUCACCGUCAUCAUCUUGGUGCUCUACUUCGUCAUCGACACCUUCGGGGUGCAGGGCCGGCCCUGGCUGGCCGAGUGCACCCCCAUCUACAUCCAGUACUUCGUCAAGUUCUUCAUCAUCGGCGUCACCGUGCUGGUGGUGGCCGUGCCCGAGGGGCUCCCGCUGGCCGUCACCAUCUCGCUGGCCUACUCCGUCAAGAAAAUGAUGAAGGACAACAACCUGGUGAGGCACCUGGACGCCUGCGAGACCAUGGGCAACGCCACGGCCAUCUGCUCGGACAAGACGGGCACGCUGACCAUGAACCGCAUGACCGUGGUGCAGGCCUACGUGGGGGACACCCACUACCGCCAGAUCCCCGACCCCGAGGCCAUCCUGCCCAAAAUCCUGGACCUCAUCGUCCACGGCGUGGCCAUCAACUCUGCCUACACCUCCAAAAUCCUGCCGCCGGAGAAGGAAGGGGGGCUGCCCCGCCAGGUGGGCAACAAGACCGAGUGUGCCCUGCUGGGCUUCGUGCUGGACCUGAAGCAGGACUACCAGGCCGUGCGCAACGAGGUGCCCGAGGAGAAGCUCUACAAGGUCUACACCUUCAACUCCGUGCGCAAGUCCAUGAGCACCGUGCUGAGGAGCGGCGGCGGCGGCUUCCGCAUGUACAGCAAGGGCGCCUCCGAGAUCAUCCUGCGCAAGUGCACCAAGAUCCUGGACAAGAACGGCGAGCCGCGGGUGUUCAAGGUGAAGGACAGGGACGAGAUGGUGAAGAAGGUGAUCGAGCCCAUGGCCUGCCACGGGCUCAGGACCAUCUGCCUGGCAUUCCGGGAUUUCCCUGCGGAGCCGGAGCCCGACUGGGACAGCGAGAACGAGAUCCUGUCUGAGCUGACCUGCAUCGCUGUGGUGGGGAUCGAGGAUCCCGUACGGCCCGAGGUGCCCGACGCCAUCCUGAAGUGCCAGCGCGCGGGCAUCACCGUCCGCAUGGUGACGGGGGACAACAUCAACACCGCCCGCGCCAUCGCCACCAAGUGUGGCAUCCUGCUGCCCGGGGAGGACUUCCUGUGCCUGGAGGGGAAGGAGUUCAACCGCCUCAUCCGCAACGAGAAGGGAGAGGUGGAGCAGGAGCAGCUGGACAAGAUCUGGCCCAAGCUGCGGGUGCUGGCGCGCUCCUCGCCCACGGACAAGCACACCCUGGUGAAAGGAAUCAUCGACAGCACCGUGGGUGACCAGAGGCAGGUGGUGGCUGUGACGGGGGAUGGCACCAACGACGGCCCAGCCCUGAAGAAAGCAGACGUUGGGUUUGCCAUGGGCAUCGCGGGCACGGACGUGGCCAAGGAGGCCUCGGACAUCAUCCUGACGGACGACAACUUCACCAGCAUCGUCAAGGCCGUCAUGUGGGGCCGCAACGUCUACGACAGCAUCUCCAAGUUCCUGCAGUUCCAGCUGACCGUCAACGUGGUGGCCGUCAUCGUGGCCUUCACCGGCGCCUGCAUCACCCAGGACUCCCCGCUGAAGGCCGUGCAGAUGCUGUGGGUGAACCUGAUCAUGGACACGUUCGCCUCGCUGGCGCUGGCCACGGAGCCGCCGUCGGAGUCGCUGCUGCUGCGCAAACCCUACGGGCGCAACAAGCCGCUCAUCUCCCGCACCAUGAUGAAAAACAUCCUGGGCCACGCCGUCUACCAGCUCACCAUCAUCUUCACCCUGCUCUUCGCCGGGGAGCAGUUUUUCGACAUCGACAGCGGCCGGAACGCGCCCCUGCACUCCCCGCCCACGGAGCACUACACCAUCGUCUUCAACACCUUCGUGAUGAUGCAGCUCUUCAACGAGAUCAACGCCCGCAAGAUCCACGGCGAGAGGAACGUCUUCGAGGGCGUCUACCGCAACCCCAUCUUCUGCAGCGUGGUGCUGGGCACCUUCUUCGCCCAGAUCAUCAUCGUGGAGUUUGGUGGGAAGCCCUUCAGCUGCUCCGGGCUCACCCUGAGCCAGUGGUUCUGGUGCAUCUUCAUCGGAGUGGGAGAGCUCCUGUGGGGCCAGCUGAUCUGCACCGUCCCAACGAGCCACCUGAAGUUCCUGAAGGAAGCCGGGCACGGCAUCACCAAGGAGGAGAUCCCCGAGGAGGAGCUGCCCGAGGACGUGGACGAGAUCGACCACGCCGAGAUGGAGCUGCGGCGGGGGCAGAUCCUGUGGUUCCGGGGGCUCAACAGGAUCCAGACCCAGAUGGACGUAGUUUACACAUUCCAGACCGGCGCCUCCUCUUUGCAGGGAGCCCUCAGGAGACAGCCUUCCAUCGUGAGCCAGCACCACGAUGUAAAAAAUGUUUCUAGCCCAACCCAUAUCAAAGUGGUGAAUGCGUUCCGUAGCUCCCUCUACGAAGGCCUCGAGAAACCCGAAUCCAGAAGCUCCAUCCAUAACUUCAUGACUCACCCCGAGUUCAUCCUGGAGGAAGACGAGCCUCGGACACCAUUCCUGGACGGCGCCGAAGACGAGCCCGAGCCUGAGGGACUCCAACAGCGAGGUGGGGGCAGCCUGGGGGGCUCCACGGCCCUCAACAGGAACAACAACGCCGUGGACAGCCAGUUCAGCUUCCCCGAGCCCGGGAGCCCCUUCCACAGCCUGGAGACCUCUGUUUGACCCUAGAACUUGGAAUUCCUCCUCCUCAUCCUCAUCCACCUCAACCCUGUGUGAUGCCAGCAGCAGUAACUGAUCACACACGCUGCGGCCACUCCGUGUCAAACUGCUCAUGCCUGUAUCAUCAUCUGGGUUUUGGGGGGGGGGUGUUUAUCCGUUUUUUGGGGUUUUAUUUUUAUUUUGUUGGUUUUGGUUUUGUUUUUUUUUUUUUUCCGUUUUUUUGCAGUGGGAAGCAGAGUACCACCACGCUGGGUGUUGGGAGAGAGGCUAAGCCAAAAAAAAACCAACGAAAAAUAACCACCAAUUGUGCAUCUCCAUCCCUGAUUUUCCGUGGGACUCACCCAGGGGAAGCUGCCAGCUUCUUUCCUCUCCAAGAGUUGGGCUCCAGGCACCUGGAGUCAGGGGGCUUUCACUUUGGAAAAAUGCAUGUUCCAGGAAAAUUCAAAUUGUUGUAGUCUUACACGCCCUCAGCCCGAAGGCUGUGGGUGCACUUGUGACUUGAUUUAUUUUUUUUUUUGUGUGUGUGGUUUUGUUUUUUUUCCACACGUGAUUUUUUGGGGUUUUUUUUGUUCCUUCUAACGUUGGGGUUUGCUCUUUGCUUGUGGGAUUCGCCCCCCUGGUUCCCCCAGUGGGAAGUGGGGAGGGGCAGUCACUGCUCCAGUGUGAAAAUUAAGGAAUAAACUAAAAAAUCCCAGCCAGGGGAAGGUGUUUACUCCAAGGUUCAGAGAUCCAGGGAUGCCCACCAGUCUUCCACCUUCCAAAAAUGGUACCUGGGCUUUUUCCAGCUCUCCCUCUGUGAGUGCCCACACGUUUUCCUCUCUCUGUUUCCAAACUGGGAGAUGAGAAACGAAGGUGGGGCUUGGCUCCAACCUUGCUGGAGGGGAGAUAUUCUGAUUUUCCUGCAAAAGCGGAGGUGAAACUGCCAGGGAAAGGUGAGGAGAGUCCCCCCAAUGUGAGGGAUGCAGCUUUUUCCUGAGGAAUUCUCCAGGAAUUCUCUUCUCCUCCUCUGGGAGAGGGUCUCUGCUGCUCUUGCUCUUGGGGAACUCUGGGGUGAGGAUUUUUGCAGCUCUCCCCGCUCCUGCCCUCCAGGGCAGGGGGAUUUUUGCCCUUUUUGCUCUGUGCUUUUGGGGUCCCCCCAGCCCCACAGGGAUCCGGGAGGAGGCUCCAGCCCUGCCCAAAAGCCGUGGGAGGCUGAGUGGAGGAUGCUGAGAACGCUCCUGGAUCCUGGGAGGGAUUGCUCCAGCUGUGAUCCCAGAUUUUCCCGGAGCCCUGGCUUGGAUGGCGGCAGGAGCUGCUGGAGGAACCUCAGCUCACUUUGGCUGCUUCUUUUUGGAGCUCGUCUCCUCCCCUUUUCCUUGGAGCUGCCUCUGGAUUGUCCCUCUGGAGCAGCAGGCAGGGCUGGGGAAGCUCUGCCACCUCCCUGCUCUGCCCCGUCCCCUCUGGAGGAGCUGGAAGCGAGGCCAUUCCCACCCCUGGAUGGGAAAACCCUGGAAUUGCAAAGGCUGGGAUUCCCAGGGAUGGGAUUCCCAGGGAUGGGAUUCCCAGGGAUGGGAUUCCCAGGGAUGGGAUUCCAAAGGAUGGGAUCCAAACCCUGGGAUUCCAAACCUUGGGAUUUCAAACCCUAGGAUUUCAAACCUUGGUAUUUCAAACCCUGGGAUUUCAAAUCGUGGGAUCCAAACCCAGAGAUUUCAAAUCCUGGGAUUUCAAACCUUGGGAUCCAUACCCUGGGAUUUCAAACCCUGGGAUUCCAAACCUUGGGAUUUCAAAUCCUGGGAUCCAAACCCUGAGAUUUCAAACCCUGGGAUUUCAAACCCUCGGAAUUCAAACCCUUGGAAUUCAAACCCUGGAAUCCAAAGGCUGGGAUCCAAACCCUGGGAUUUCAAACCUUGGGAUCCAAACCCUGGGAUUUCAAACCCUGGGAUUUCAAACCUUGGGAUCCAAACCCUGGGAUUUCAAACCCUGGGAUCCAAACCCUGGGAUUUCAAACCCUGGGAUUUCAAACCCUGGGAUCCAAACCCUGCUUUUCCAAACCGUGGGAUCCCAAACCCCGUGAUUCCAAAGGCCGAGUGAGGCUUGUUUGGUUGGUUUUUUGGGAAAGGCUGGCUCUGGCUGGGCUCUCCUCCUGCCCCAUCCCACCAGGAGCUCCCAGCGGGAUCUCCCGUGCCUUGUCCGAGCACUGCCUGCAGCACCUCCUGCCACGCCGGGCCCAGAGCGAGCCUUUGCCAGGAUUUAAAUGUUUAUUAUUAUUUAAGUGUUCCUUAAAUAAAACCACAAACACAAACCAAGUGUCUUCGCUUCGGCCCCGGCCCCGCCGUGGCGUGGGAGGAGGAGGAGGAGGAAGGAGCAGCUCCUUCCUGCUGAGGAAAAGCUUUCCAUCCCAAAAAUCCCAAAUUAUAUCCCAAAUUUCCCGAGCACCCUGGUGCUGGGCGAGCUGGGCUUUGUUCACUGCCAACAGCAAGAAGAAGAAAUUGCCACCACUGCCCAUCCCGGGUGCAAAUUCAGUGUCCACCCCAUGCCCGGCUCCUCCUUCCCCCCAAAAAAAAAUAACCCAGGGGAGUGAGGGGAUUUGGGGUUCAACACCAGGAAAAACAACAAAAGCAAACCCCAAACGAGGGGCGGUUGUGGGGUUUUGGUUCUGUGCUAAAGGUGACGUUGCUUUAAAAAAAAAAAAAAAA